AUGUUGUGCACUUACAGACCAAGGAUACCAAAAGGUUCAAUUUCGAGUAAAACAAUGAAUUUGAAUGUGGAUCCGAAGUUGAUACGUAAUAUUGGCAUUAUUGCGCAUAUUGAUGCAGGGAAGACAACGGUUACGGAACGUUUAUUAUAUCUUGCUGGUGCAACGAAGUUUUUGGGGAACGUUGAUUCUGGAAAUACUGUAACGGAUUUUAUGGAAUUAGAACGUGAACGAGGUAUUACAAUACAGUCUGCUGUAGUAACAUUGUUCUGGAAAAAGCAUAGAAUCAAUUUAAUUGAUACUCCCGGACAUGUCGACUUCACUCUAGAAGUAGAAAGAUGUCUUCGAGUGUUAGAUGGUGUUGUAACUAUCUUGGAUGCAUCAGCCGGUGUACAGGCACAAACAAUAGCUGUGUGGCGACAGGCGAAGAAAUUUUCAAUUCCAUCGGUUUUUUUUUUGAAUAAAAUGGAUAAAAAAGGUGCGGAUUUCUGCAGAUCUGUUGACUCAAUAACGGAGAGAUUGGGACUAAAAAAUCCUAUCAGCGUCUGUAUACCCAUUACGCAUGAAGAAAAGCAUUUUGCGGCAGUAGUUGAUGUAAUUAACAAGCGUUACUUGAAUCUUGACUUAGAUGGCGAAGCACAAUGGACUGAUUUAAAAGAGGGUUAUUCCCACAGUGAAGAUGAUGUUUUGAAUGAAGAGGCACUUUAUGCUAUGAGACGACUUACACUUACUCACCGAAUUAUCCCGGUGGCUUGCGGAUCAGCGUUAAGAUGUGCAGAAACUGUAAGUCCAAUCCUUGAUUUGGUCAUUAGCUGUUUGCCAUGUCCAACAGAGAAGAAUGGUCUUGUUAAUAAAGUCUUUGGCAGUGACUUAAGUGCCCUGGUAUAUAAGAUUGGGCAUGACAAAAGGCUCGGACAGCUAGCCUACACACGUAUUUACACUGGUGAAAUCAAAAAUAUGGAUUCAUUAUAUAAUGCUAACAAGGAUAGUGUGGAAAAUAAAUUUAAUGUUCAUAUCCCGUAUAGUGAUCAACUACAGUUGACUUCUUCUGUCAAGGCAGGAAAUAUUGCUGUUCUAACAGGUAUGAAGUGUAUAGCUACAGGUGAUACACUUGUUGCAAACAGAAGAGCUGCUGAAAUGGCAAGUGAAAGGCGUCUGAAGUUAAUCGAUGAAGAUCUUUCUGGAGCUCAUAAUUUGUUCUUCCAAACUGCAAAAAGUCAUUCUGAACAUCCAGUUGGUUCCAUAAAAUCUAUUUUGUUAGCGGGCAUUGAACCACCUGAUCCAGUUUUUUUUUGCACCGUCGAAGCACCAUCUGAAGCAGCUAAUGUGAAAUUUGAAAAGGCUUUACAAGAACUGGCAGUAGAAGAUCCGUCCUUACAAGUGCGAUAUGAUAACGAAUUAGGUCAAACGAUUAUUGGUACAAUGGGAGAGCUACAUAUUGAAGUUGUUAAAGAUAGACUUCGACGUGAUUAUGGCUUGAAUGUUUUCAUAGGAUCGCUGCAGGUCGCAUAUCGCGAAGUAAUUGAAAAUGAAGUUAGAAAUACCACAGUUUUAAAUGCUACAUUUGGUAAUGAAUUGAAGCACGAAUGUAGAAUUACCUUCACUGUUAAACCAAAUAAAGGCAGCGGUAAAUUCAAGCAGGUUGUAGUACUUUUGGAUGAUAAUAAUGAAUAUGCGGGUGUUGGUAUACAUGAAAAUUGGUUGAAUGCUAUUAAUGAAGGUUGUUGUAAUGCCCUGUGCACGGGACCAUUAGCAGGUUUCACAGUUUAUGAUAUUGCCGUGAUACUAACAGAUUUCGUGGCGAGCGGUAAACGUUUGAGUCCUGCAUUAAUAUCUGCUACUGCCAGUAAGUGUGUAACUGAGGCUUUACAGAAGGCAGGCACGCACUUAUUGGAACCUAUAAUGAAUGCUGAGAUAGUUACAACAAGUAAAAAGCAUGCAGAUAUGACACUUCAAGAAGUCUAUAGGCGAAGAGGCAUUGUGUCAAAUUGUGGAAUAGAAUGUAUCGGUGAUACAUAUGUUAUUCGAUGCAUUAUGCCACUUGCUGAAUUACAAGGUUUCUCCAAAAACAUUCGAAUUAUAACUUCAGGACAUGCAAGCAUUCACCUGGAAAUAGGUGGCUAUCAAGACAUAAGCGAGCAAAAACAAAAAGAAAUUACAAAAAGGAAUCGUUAA